UACAAACUUAUGUUGUGACUUGUGAGGCAAAAUAUCCCCCCACACACACUUGCAUGGCUUUGAAGGUUGAAGGCAUGGGGAUUAAUGGAGAUGAGAAAGUGGAAGAAGUUAAAGAGCUCAACUACAGAGGAGUCAAAGCCAUGCCCUAUGUUAUAGGAAAUGAGACGUUUGAGAAGCUAGGGACGAUUGGGACAUCGACAAAUCUAUUGGUGUACCUAACUACAGUCUUCAACAUGAAGUCCAUAACUGCUACAAAUCUUAUAUAUGUAUUUAACGGUACUUGCAACUUCGGUACCCUCGGCGGAGCAUUUCUCUCCGAUACUUAUUUCGGCCGGUACAAGGUCUUAGGAACAGCUUCCAUUUCAUCUUUCUUGGGGAUGCUUGUGCUAACGUUAACGGCAGCAGUCACAAAGCUUCAUCCUCAUAAAUGUGUAGACACCUUGUGUGAGGGACCAACACCAUGGCAAAUGACUUUCUUGCUAAGCGGUUUUGUCUUUCUAAUCAUUGGAGCAAGUGGAAUCCGGCCAUGUAACUUAGCGUUUGGCGCAGAUCAAUUCAACCCGAACACGGAAUCUGGUCAACGGGGAAUCGCUAGUUUCUUCAAUUGGUACUACUUCACGUUCACGUUUGCUAUGAUGGUAUCAUUGACCGUCAUCGUGUAUGUGCAAGCAAAUAUUAAUUGGGCCAUUGGGUUAGGAAUCCCGACGUUCCUUAUGUUCUUAUCGGUUGCUGUAUUCUUUAUCGGCACGAGGAUUUAUGUCCUCGUGCCGCCAGAGGGUAGCCCUUUGACCAGCAUUUUUCAGGUCCUUGUGGCCACUAUCAAGAAGAGGAAACUGGAUCUUGAAGAACCAUCCGUAUCCCUGUUGGAUCAUGUUUCCACCAAAUCCAUCAACUUAAAACUUCCAUACACUAAUCAACUCAGGGUUUUGAACAAAGCAGCAAUCAUAACCCCGAAUGACAAAAUGAACCCGGAUGGAUCAUCAGGAAACCGAUGGACGCUUUGUAGCAUACAACAAAUAGAGGAAGUGAAAUGUGUAAUCAAAACAGUUCCAAUAUGGUUAUCUUGCAUACUCUACAAUGUUUCAAUUAACCAAAUGCAAACCUACACAGUCUUUCAAGCCCUACAAUCCGACCGACGACUCAAACCAAGCUCAUUUGAGGUUCCCGCCGCGUCCUACACUGUGUUCCAGAUGCUAGCCCUCACCAUAUGGAUCCCAAUCUACGACCAAAUCAUAGUUCCAUGUCUUCGGAGAAUAACAAACAAAAGACAAGGCAUUUCACUCCUACAAAGAAUUGGAGUCGGAAUGGGCAUCGCCAUUUUCACAAUGCUUGUUGCGGCUCUAGUUGAAACGAAAAGAAGAGACUUGGCACAUUCACAGCCAACCAUCGGGUUUGAAAAGGGAAAAGGCGCGAUUUCAUCUAUGUCGGGCUACUGGCUCAUAUUUCAACUGAUGGUCGCAGGUCUCUCAGAAGGGUUUGCUGUGAUCGGAUUUGUUGAGUUUUUCUACAAGCAGUUUCCUGAGAACAUGAAGAGUUUCGCGGGUUCUUUCUUGUUUUGUGGGAUGGCGAUGUCGAGUUAUUUAAGCAGUUUCUUGAUAUCAAUUGUUCAUAGAACAACUCGUGAUGGUGUGUCGAGAAAUUGGUUAGCCCAAGACCUAAACGAGGCGAAGUUAGAUUACUUUUAUUAUUUAUGCACCGGGUUGGAGGUUUUGAACUUUAUAUAUUAUUUGAUCGUGGCAAAAUGGUAUAAAUAUAAAGGAACUGGUGACGAACUGGCUGAUGUGCCUUUGGAAGACAUGACUACCCACAAACAUGUUGUUUGAACUUUGAAGAACACAUGAUAUGCAUGGUGAAUUUACAACCAUGCCCUUGUAUGUGAAUCAAGAUGUGGAUGAAAACAUGGCCAUAUAUCCUAGAAUCAGUUAGGUAUGAUUGAGGAUUUACUUUAAUAUGUCUCCAAUAUUUUGUGUGUAAAAAUCUCUUAUAGAUUUUAUGGUGUUGUAAGUAGGUCCGGUAAUUAUUGACCAAUUACAAUGAUGGGGGUCAGGGAUA